AUGCGUUCCGUCAUCGCGACCCUCCGGCCACUGGGCCGCCUCCCCUUCGCCCGCGGCCUUGCGACUGCCGCCGAGGUCCCUGCCGCCACCAAGGAGGAGGCUCCUGCCGAGGCUGCCGCCGAAUCAUCACUUGCCGGAAGGUGGACGCCGUUCACGAAGCGUACCGGUGUCAUUGCGAGGAAGCGCGGCAUGACCGCUCUCUGGGACCAGAAUGGACGGCGCUGGCCUGUCACCGUUUUGCAGCUCGACAAGGUGCAGGUCGUUCGUCACUCGCCCCCGCCCGCCAACGACAAGAAGGGCCUGCACUCGCUUCAGAUCGGCGCGUCUGACCGCCGACCCAAGACUGUCACCGCCCAGCAGCUCGGUCACUUCCGCGCCGCUGGCGUCAACCCCAAGUAUAAGCUGCAGGAGUUCCGCGUUACUCCCAACGCUGUUCUCCCCGUCGGCACCGAGCUUUCCGCCGGCCACUUUGUCCCUGGACAAUACGUUGAUGGCUUCCAGGGUGUCAUGAAGCGUCACGGAUUCCGUGGUUUGAAGGCGUCGCACGGUGUGUCGCUCACGCACCGUUCCGCUGGUUCGACCGGUCAGCACCAGGACCCCGGACGUGUUCUUCCGGGCAAGAAGAUGGCCGGCCACAUGGGCAACGUCAAGAAGACGCAGCAGAACCUCCUUGUCCACCGCGUCGACCUCGACCUGAACCUGAUCUUUGUCCGUGGAUGUGUUCCGGGUGUCGAUGACGCCUUUGUCUCUGUCCGCGACUCGAUCAAGAAGGUGUCGUACUCUGCGCAGAAGCGCUUCAUGGACGGCAAGAACCAGGAGGAGUGGAUUGGCGGCGGUGUGCUCUCGCUCCCUGUUCCGGCUGGAACGGUUGAGCGGGCAGAGAAGGAGGGUUGGCCCAAGGUUAUGGAGUGGGCCGGCAAGGAGCAGCAGGAGUAG